GUGUUACCGCACAGGGCCGCACUGCCCGCAGGCACCACGUCAUAUACCGAAUCCUCGAGUUUUCAAAUUCAAGCAGCAUCCCUGCGCACAGCUCACUGCAGCAAACUCUUCUCAACGAGUGACCAGCCAGUCUUGCAAAGUUAAAAAGUGCGAAUGCGGAGGUAUCUGCGAGGCACGCUGACCUGCGUCACGUCGCUUCUUGCUCUCGUGAGCCAACCACUGGCAGUAAAGGCUGCUCCAACCGAAGUUCCCUCAGCAGCCUCUUUCUAUGUUCCUUACCUACCAAGCCUGCACCAGGAUACCACACACCCUUUACACAUAUACGCUGGACACAUUCUUUCCGAUCCCGAUGCAGAUUCAGCAGCCAGCACGGACGUUCUCGCGCAUUUAUUCUUUGUGAUGGUGAAGGCUCGUAAGUCAGCCGAUAAGGAACGGCUGAUGUUCUGGUUUAAUGGCGGACCGGGAUGUUCCUCAUUUGACGGUCUGAUGAUGGAAGUUGGACCUUGGAGAAUUGAUGGAGAAGGUGGCCUUAAAACUGUAGAAGGAGGUUGGGAUGAGUACACUACUAUGGUAUAUGUGGACCAACCUGCUGGAACGGGUCUCUCGUAUACUAGCACGAAUCGUUACGUGCACGGUCUAGAACAGACGACUGACCAACUCAUGGAAUUUUUACGCACAUUUUAUAAAGUGUUUCCUGAAUACGAAACUGUAGACACCUAUCUGGGCGGCGAGAGCUAUGCUGGACAAUACAUUCCCUACUUCGCGGAUGCUAUUCUCUCAUCAGAACUCAAAAUGCCCUUACGCGGAGCUGCAAUCGGUAAUGGCUGGAUAGAUGCUCGUAACCAAUACCCUGCAUACCUAGACUACGCCGUCACGCACGGACUUGUCGACGAAAGCUCACAGCACUACAAAGACAGCAAAGAUGCGACUAACAGAUGCAUGGCGGAGUUCAGGGGCGCUACUACGGAACCCAUCCAUAUAGAUCAAUGCGAGGGGCUGCUGGAAUCUAUCCUCAAAAGCAAGUCGCGAAUUGUCGACGGACAACAAAAAUGCCUAAAUAUUUACGAUGUCCGGUUGGAAGAUGAUGCGCCUUACUGCGGCAUGCAGUGGCCUCCUGACUUGAAAAAUAUCAGUUCUUACCUUGCUCGCAAAGAUGUCGUCAGGGCACUCCACGCGGAGGCCAAAUCUGAGAGCUGGGUUGAAUGUUUCGGACGGGUCGGCAUUGAGAUGCACGACUAUCUGUCUCCAUCAUCUGUCACACUCCUUCCUUCAGUACUAGAAAAAAUCCCCAUUUUAUUGUUUGCUGGUGAUCAAGAUUUUAUCUGCAAUUACAUGGGUAUCGAGAGCAUGAUCAAGUCUUUGACAUGGAACGGAGAAAAGGGGCUAGGGCAAGUACAAACCAAAUCAUGGACGGUCAACGGCACGCCAGCAGGGACCUGGGUUUCCUCACGAAACCUUACGUAUGCCAAGAUCUUUAACGCAUCACACAUGGUACCAUACGACGUUCCUGACAUUGCGCAUGACAUGAUCUUGCGAUUCAUGGGGAUGGAUUUCUCUGCUAUCAUCGACGGGUCCGCACGUAUACCAAGUGCAGUCGGGGACGACACCAAACCGAUAUUUAUGGACAGCGAUGAUGUGCCGCUGUCGUCGCCAUUGCCCGGCAAGACGCCUGAGCAGACUAAGGCGCAGUGGGAUGCCUACUAUAACGCAGGUUCGGUCGUCCUGAUCUUCCUUAUUCUGGCUGUUGCCAUUGGCCUUUGCAUAUGGUGUCGUUUGCGUCGUCGACCAGUGCGGUUGUUGAGAAAUCCUCAAUCGGAAGAAAAUAUUCCGUUGAACGGGUAUGACGAUGAACAGGCGCAUCGAAGACGCAAAGGGAAGGAACGGGCUCUUGAGGAUGAGAGCGGGACGGCUGUCUUUGAUGUUGGAGAGGACGAAGAGUAUACUAGUGAUGAUAUGCGGAGAGAGAGAAUAGAUUAGGUUGUUUAUUGUACCAUUCGCUGCAGAGCCCAUUUGUCGCUUGACAUGUCUGACCACGGGUCAGACCAAUCAUUCUCUCGAACACGGUGAACCUGGACUCGUGAAGUGUAGCAUUCACUCGUGCUUGUUUUUGGCCUGCAUUUAAAGUGUCGAGGCGCUUUUUUGAGGCUUUAUCAUAUGCACUACGCUUGUCUAUUCACUCAUGAAUCG